GCCCUUCUGUAUAUUUUACCGUGCCCAUGGAAGCGUUCUUGGUUAUAUCAGUGGUUCAUCGUGUCUCGGAACCGGCGUAACAGAUUCUGUAGGAAGUUCUUUGAAAUAGAUGUACAUCGCUCGAUAGUCUCACGAGAAAUAUCAAGCCUGACGGUAUAUGUAUAACAUUUUCAACCAUGCCUGAUCAACCAGACAUUCGCCUGGCCACGCCAGAAAGUGAGUGCAUCACAUCAAAUACACCGAUGGACAAACAUACUCAUAGGAUACUCGUCAGACGUCCCUACAAUCCACCAAUUCAUCCUCGACCUAGCCUCCCACCAAUCCUCCCUUUACAAAGUCACCGCAACCCUCGACUCCCUCUUGAAACCCUCUCCUUCCCCAACGAACCCCCCAAACCCGGCGGCGCUUACACAGCCCUCAUAACACCCCCAGAAACCCCCGGAAACCCCUCCCCAGCCCCUGUCGGCAUGGUCCUCUUCUACUACAACUACUCGUCCUGGCGCGCCGCACCGGGGAUCCACCUCGAGCAGCUGUACGUGCAGUCUAGUGUCCGGGGUGGCGGGUAUGGGUUUAAGUUGUUGAAGUAUUUGGCGAACAAAGUUGUUGAGAUUGGAGGGGAGAGGGUGGAGUGGAGUGUGCUGAGGGAGAAUGAGAUGAGUAUUCGGUUUUAUGAGAGGGUUGGAGCGGAGGGGAGGGAGGAGUGGGUGAAGAUGAUGCUUGAGGGGGAGGGGCUGGGUCGGUUGGCGGGGGAUAUUGGUGUUAAUGUAGAGAAUUGACUGUAUCUAUCUAUAUCCGAGUCCAUAUCCACUGUUUCAACUGUCAUCUGUAUACAUACUUAGCAAUGCGAAUCUGACACGAUCUCGAUCUAUCGGGACUAGUGGCAGAUCCUACCUUAUCGAGUUUAGAACCAGGGCACAACCCCCGCCAAGCUU